GUCGAGGAAGAAGAAGGGAGGCCUGAACUCUUGCUGGAGCUGCUGCCAGCACCAGCACUGUGGAUCUGCGUCUGAUUCUUGGACUGGUUCUGGGAUGAACUGAGCUCUCGCUCCAGCUCCGGAGUGAUGAAAGGGGCUAUCCCCAUCCCGAUCCCCAGCUGUCUGCGGCUCAUCUCGGCCAGCACCGGCGCUGGGAAGAUCAUGGGGUUGCUCAUUGGGGCUGUCCUGGCGGUCAGACCAGCCGUCAUGCCCGCAAGUAGCCCAUGGGGAAUCCCUGCGAUACUUUGAGUUACGAGGUUAGGAUUGAUGGUAGCGCCUAGCAUGGGUCUUCUGCUCCCGCUGGGGCUCUGACGGUGUACUUCUUGUUGUUGCUGGCCGUCACGGUGCAGCCCGUUGGGGGGGACACGAAUAGCUGACACGGUGACUUCUCCUCUUCCUCCCCUUUCGAAGCGGUCCAUGUGCAGGGGCCUGCCUCCAUCCGCAUCUCCUCUGCCAGAUGUGCUGUGUUUAUUAGGCGAGGGACCAGGUGACCUGACGUUACCGUCCUGCAUCCCGUGGGUCCGUUUCAGCUGUCGGGCACUCGCUAUGAGGAACUCUAUCUGAUUAGCUCCUUCGUAGUUCACGCAGCCACGGCAAACCACCUCGCUGAAGUCCCACACCACAGUCCACGGCAUCUUCGGCAGGUCGCACAGGUAGCACCACUGGCGCCGGGAGGAGGAGGGGGACGACAUGGCUGGAAGGCUAGUCUGCUAACCUGAGAGGCUGCUAGCACACGUUAGCUAGGUUAACCUAUUUAGCUCUGGCAGGUGCACGCCCUCCCUCUGCUAACGAAUUUCUUCUUUAACGGAAUUCGAGCAGCUUAAAAACAAUAUUAAACAUCCUAAGCAUAUAAAAUUACAUCAAAGUGUUCGGUUGUCUUUGCUCUUUUUUUCAUAUGUUUGUUUUGUUUACCCACUUCGGCCUGCUCUUGUCUGCUGCUGUCAACUGCUUCCCCGACGGGCGCUGAAGCGUUACGUAACCUUGCGAGGUGCAUUUUGGGUGUUUGAGUUUUCUGGGCUAGUUUUGUUAACGCUAACUAACGUACAGUGGCUUGUUUUAGAACUACAUCAGAAACUGGCACGGAAGUGAACUAGUUAAAGUUCAGAGGUCAUCUGGCGUCUACACAUGUGCGUCCACUGUAGCCAUGCGUUUUGGUUUAGAAAAGGUAUAAUUGAAGCAGUUUGUGGUUAUUAGAAAACCUAAAAAUGUCUAAAGACAUAUCUUCAAGCGAGGAUGAGGGCAGUAACACCACAGUAUCAUCUGUAAAGCCGAAAGAAACCGAAAAGAAGAGGCAGGAGUACCAGUGUCCUGCUGACUUUGUGUCUUUCAGCCAUAAGCCCUGCAGCAGCACUCUUAAAAAGAGUCUGGAGAAAGACAACAAUGAGUUAUGGCUCAUUAAAGCUCCUGCCAGCUUUAAGCCAGAAUGUUUCAGUGACGUGAAGGUCCCCCUCUCAGGUCUCCAGUCCCUGAAGGUUCCUACUGGAGCUAAGACAGGAAGUAAGCAGCAGAUCUUCAGCAUCCUGGCCUCCAGCCACGGCACCUCAGACCUGCGCCUGCUCACCAGCGAUAAGAAGUCGUCGCAUGAUGUGGUUUUAGGCCCCGCUUUUUCUGGCAUGCUAAACGUGUGUGAGACUUACGGAGACAGCAGCGCCAACCAGGCCCCUCAGGUCAUCCCCGCGGCCCCUGCACCCUCCAUCCCCCCGGGGCUGAAGCAGCGGUUCCACCCGUUCGGCAGCAAGACCCCCACGCUGACCCGCGUGGCAGAGAGCGAAGCAGACGGAGCCACAUUCGGCCCCUUGUCUGCAACUCUCCAACCCUUGGUGAAGCGACCUCCAGAAGAAACAUGGCAGGAGGAAGACGAGGAAGGGCGGAAAAAGAAGAAGAAAAAGAAAGAUAAGCGGAUAAAGACGGAGGGUGUGGAGGAGGCGGAGGGGGCUGUAAAGGAGGAACCUGUCAAUGAAAUACAGGAAGACAUGACGGAGCUCCCCCUUCAGGAAGGUGAGGAGAAGAGGAAAAAGAAGAAGAAAAAGAAGGACAGGGAGCGAGAGGAAGUGGAGGAGGGCUUGGAGCCCAGCGCGACUGUAAAGGUGGAGGUGAAAUCUGAACCUAUGGACACUUUGUAUGGUGAUGCAGUGGAGGGCUCCGGAAAGAAGAAGAAAAAGAAGAAGAGAAGCAAAACAGAUGACGACUAGUCUGUUGUUUUUCAAUGUUUAGUUUUGUUUAUUUGUUUAACCCUUUGAGCCAGUCUGGGAGCCAUUAGUCCUAAUUCACUCCAGCGUAUUGACAGAUUACAUAAGGCUGGCAGGACAUUCAGAAGACAGGGAUUCAUUGACUCUAAGGCCAAUGUUCCUCUCAUUUGAAGCUCAGAAAGGGAUAUUCUACACAUAAAGAAUGUGUGCAGCCACAACCAUCUGUGAGAACAUAGCAAUAAAAAGUGAACCCUUGGACAACUUCUGCGUUUUCUGCCAGUGUCUGUCCAGUUUAUGGGAUACUGCUCACAUCCAGGCUGGUAUCAUCGCCGUUUAGGCGGUGGAAACCAGCGAUGACACAAACACGGAAUAAGAUUCACUGUCAUAACAUGUUAUCAAACGUUUCUGAGGACUCUUUAGUCGCAUGUAUUGGAGAACACAUGUUUCAAAACCCCAGAAAUGAUCAAAGGAAUUGUAAAUGAAAAAAACCUGUUCGUGUUUUUGUCCAGUGCAACCAUUCCAACUUUUUGCUCUGGUGCCUUGUUGGAGCAGUGAUUUCAUCCCGGAGGAAUGGAACUUGAACUCGGGUUGUAACUCUGAAAUUGGCUUCUAAAUUGUGCAACAAAAGGAAAGUAGUUCUGUAGAUUUUAAAAUAUCUGAACGUUUUGGUGGAACUCGUGUCAUAAUAAAAGGAAAUAGUUUA